UCGCUGAGACGGACACAGCAGCAGCAGCUUCUACCGACCUGCGCGGCGGCGGGCUUCGGCUCCUCCUCCUCUUCCAAUAGCCGGUGCUUUCCAGGCCCAAGGGACAAGGCGGGGGACGGGCUGACUGACCCACCCGUCGAUCCCACCGGCUGCCGCGCAGGGUAGGAGGAGGCUGCUGCUGCUGAAGAGGAAGCUGCUGUUGCUGCUGCUGCUCUUGGUGCUCUCGGAGCCUUGCCAAGAUCAAUUCACUUCACCAUCUUAUGACAACCACCCUGGGGCCGUAAGAAAAUAAUCCAUAUUUCAAGAUCUCUUGCUUUCCUGACAUAACUCCCUUGGGAACAGAAUUCAUUGCACUGAAAAUAAUCUUAGUGGUAUAACUGAACAUCAAGCAAGAUGAACAACUUUAGCGGUGGAGAAUUCAACUUUACUUUUCUUGAUGAAGGCUUUACUGCAAAAGACAUUCUAGACCAGAAAAUAAAUGAAGUUUCUUCCUCUGAUGAUAAAGAUGCAUUCUAUGUUGCUGACCUUGGGGAUAUUCUCAAGAAGCACUUGCGAUGGCGCAAAGCGCUCCCUCGGGUCUCUCCUUUCUAUGCUGUAAAAUGCAAUGACAGCAUAGCCAUAGUGAAGACUCUUGCUGCUCUUGGGGCAGGAUUUGAUUGUGCCAGUAAAACUGAAAUACAGCUGGUCCAGAGUAUUGGUGUGCCUCCAGAGCGUAUAAUAUAUGCAAAUCCAUGCAAACAAGUAUCUCAAAUUAAGCAUGCUGCAAAUAAUGGUGUGCAGAUGAUGACUUUUGAUAGUGAAGUUGAGCUGACGAAAGUUGCAAGAGCCCAUCCAAAAGCAAAGUUGGUCUUACGCAUUGCAACAGACGACUCAAAAGCAGUUUGUCGCCUGAGUGUUAAAUUUGGAGCCACAGUCAGAACCAGUAGGUUGCUGCUUGAGCGGGCAAAAGAACUUCAUAUUGACAUUAUUGGAGUCAGUUUCCACGUUGGAAGUGGCUGUACAGAUCCAGAUACCUUUGUGCAAGCUAUUUAUGAUGCCCGUUGUGUCUUUGAUAUGGGAGCUGAGUUUGGUUUUAAUAUGUACCUGCUUGAUAUUGGUGGUGGCUUCCCUGGCUCUGAAGACGUGAAACUUAAAUUUGAAGAGAUAACAAAUGUAAUCAACCCUGCAUUGGACAGAUAUUUUCCUUCCGAUUCUGGAGUGAGAAUUAUUGCAGAGCCUGGAAGAUACUAUGUUGCAUCGGCUUUUACCCUGGCUGUUAACAUAAUUGCAAAGAAAGUUGUAAUAAAGGAGCAAACUGGUUCUGAUGAUGAAGAAGAAGCUAAUGAGAAAACCCUUAUGUACUAUGUGAAUGAUGGAGUAUAUGGAUCUUUUAACUGCAUCCUGUAUGAUCAUGCACAUGUUAAACCAGUUUUGCAAAAGAGACCAAAGCCAGAUGACCGAUACUAUUCCUGUAGCAUAUGGGGACCAACCUGUGAUGGCCUAGAUCGCAUUGUUGAGCGCUGUGGCAUGCCGGAACUGCAGGUUGGGGAUUGGAUGCUCUUUGAGAACAUGGGUGCUUAUACCGUGGCAGCUGCCUCUACUUUCAACGGAUUCCAGAGGCCAACGAUACACUAUGUAAUGUCAAGGCCAGCAUGGCAAUUGAUGGAGCAGAUAAGGGAGCAAGGUUUUCAAGCAGAAGUGGAAGAGCAGGAUGUCACUUUGCCACUCUCUUGUGCCUGGGAAAGUGGAAUUGAACACCAUCCAGCAACUUGUGCUUCAGCCAGCAUUAAUGUAUAGAUACGGUUUUAGCUAACUUGCAACUUUAGGAUUUUUUUAAGGCAUUGGGGACCAUUAACUUAAUUCUUGCUAGAAUUUUUAAAUGUUUGAAAGACUAGGGUAUGCAUUAAUGGAAUGGAAUAGACAGCUAGGGGACAGGGAGGUCACACUUAUCUGUGUUCCUAUGGAAACUAUUUGAAUAUUGUUUUAUAUGGAUUUUUAUUCACUUCAAGUAUGCUACUAAAACUGAUCUUUGUCUGUCAAACAAGCAUUUGUAGCUUGUAUAUUUGGCAGAAAGUAGUAUUGUGACCUGACUGUUUUACAAUAAAGUCUAUUGAAAUAAUUGGGUAGCAGUUCUUUGCUAUAUGUGAACUAAAUCCUGGGCUGAAUAGAUUUAAGAUCCUGAGUUGUUGCUCUGGCUUGACGAUAUUUAUAUACUUCAGCAGCAUCUACAGAAUGUAUGUGUUCUAACAGGCUGCAAACAUACUUCCCCUCAUGCUGGCUUUCAAUGAGGUGAUGCUUAUUUUGCUUUUUGACCACUUAUUAUAAGACCCAGAAAAAAAAUAAAGGGAUUCUGGAAAUAAA